AUGCCACCCGACCACAAUGACGAGCAGCCAAGUGGUGUUAUUGGCGCAUGGCAAUCGCAUGUCAAGGCGCUGCGAGAUAUCGUGCAGCACAAUAUUUCCACGGCGCUCAUCUUCGAGGAUGACAUUGAUUGGGAUAUCAGGUUGAAGUCUCAGCUGCAAAAUUUCGCUGUGGCCUCUGACGCCUUCCUCGGUUCGCAGGAUAGGGCAGGCGACAUUCCAAUCACCUUACUUCCAUCUCGACAGCACGUUCCCACCAUGUCACCUUAUGGAGACGGUUGGGACAUACUGUGGCUUGGACACUGUGAGCAAUAUAUCCUGGAUGAAGGGCCGCACAUCAUUCAGACCGAUGAUCCUACUGCGGCAGCCGUGAAACACAACUUCUUCUGGGACGGGUUCCACCCUUCGGAUAUGAAAGCUUACCCAGACCACUCUCGCGCCGUCUUUCGAUCACGGCAGGGGGUUUGCAGCUUCGCAUAUGCUGUGAGCCAGAAAGGUGCCCAGAAGCUAUUGUAUCAGAUGAGCCAGAACGACUUCAGUGCCGCGUACGAUCUUAUGCUUUCCAAGUUCUGUGAUGGGAGUCAGUCCGAGGAGAAACGGGGUCCGCGGAUGUGCUUGAGCGUUUUGCCGACAUUGUUCGACACCUACCUGCCUAGGGGCGACAUGCAUGGAGACAGUGAGAUUAAUGGAAAUGUACAGGGACACCGAGAUCAAGGGUGGUCGCCGAGCAUUAGAUGGAGUGUGCGCGUGAACAUGGAGAGACUCUUGGAGGGAGGCGACGUCGUCGAUCAGUGGCCCGAUGACCGAGUACGUGACUGA